GACCAGAGUCAUGCAUUAAAAGCAUCCAGCAAAACAUAAACAUUAAUUCUUCCUUCACUACUAGCCGCGUUUCUCAGAGAUGUGUAAUGGUAAAGAAUGCAUGAAUAAAGAGGCGUUCAAGGCCACGCAACCUAAGAGACACGCUCCAGAGAGCAAGAGUGCUCCGGGGAGAGGUAGCGGUGAUGAUAAUCAGGGUGGUGCCCGAAGGAACGGAGAUGAGAAGUGGAGGAGGAGGAGAGGCGAGGAAGAGAAGCUGGAGACGCUCCUGCAGCUUAUUUUCUGGGGACCUAAUUAAGCGUUUGGAUUCUCUAUUUCUUUCUUUCUUUCUCUUUUUUUUUCUUUGAAUGUCGGAACUUUUUGGGGAGGGGGGUUAGUAGUGCCUGGGUUUAACCCAGGACUUCAUGUCCAAGCACCUUCUUCCCACAAGGGGGUGCCCAAGGCCACUUAGUGCUGGACAUUUGGAUUCUCUUUUUCGGAUCACAAGAUUCAAGGGGACUCAAAUUUUGUAAGCAAAUGAAAUUUUAUUUAGUUG